AUGCUUGAAGUCCUACUUUUGAGCGUCAUCGUCGUGCUUAGUGCAUGGUUCAUUAUACAACGCAAGAGACGUUUCUCGUUCUUUAAAGACCUCGGAAUCCCCGGACCUCCUCCAAGCUUUCUUUCAGGAAACCUCUCCGAGAUAAUACAGAAGGGAUCGCUCAUCACAUUCAAGGAAUGGUUGGACAAAUACGGAGACAUUGUAGGGUUCUACAACGGUGCUCAUCCGUUUAUUAUCGUGACAGAUCCCGAACUAAUCAGGAAGAUCCAGAUAAAAGAUUUCAACAAUUUUACAAGCCGAGGAAUGAUGUCAGGCUUCGUGCGGAGUCAUCCCAUUAUCAGUCAAAGCAUGGUGCAUGCUGAGGGGGACCGCUGGAAGAAAAUGCGCAGCCUCAUCACUCCAGCCUUUACGACGAGCAACAUGAGGAAGAUGGCGAGCCUCAUAGACGACAGCACAAAUGAGUUGCUCGAUGUUAUCGAGACCCUGCGGCCGAAACACCAAGUCAUCGAGUUUCGGCAGCUGUUCCAGAGGCUAACGGCAGACAUCAACUUGAGAUCAGCGUUUGGCAUAAAAUCUAAUCUGCAGCAAAAAGAUCGAGUGAACAGCUCUGCAGAGUCGCUGUUUCAGGAGAGCUUGAAAAGUUUUCAACAAUUUCGUACUGCAUGGAUAAACUUCCUUACUGCCUGCUUUCCGGAGUUUGCCUUUUUGUGGACAACGUUCAUAUCGUACAGUUCGCGGCUCAACAAGACUGCCACAGACAGGAUGUUUGAUGAACUAUCUCCUAUCGUAGAAUUCCGUCGUGGAAACCGGGAGAACGAUAGAAGCGAUCUCCUGCAGCUUAUGCUUAAUGCAAAAGUUGAGGAUGAAGCCUUCGUAGACGUGCAUUCACUCACGACGUCCGUUGAUGCAGAUAGCGCAUAUGAAGGUAAACAGCCUGUCAAAGCAAAGCACGGCGGGAAGAAAUGCUUUCUAACAAAUACGGAAAUUUUGGCAAACGGCUUCAUCUUCUUCGUAGCGGGGUCCGAGGCGACAGCCACAGCUCUGGCUUUUAUAUCGUAUCUCCUUGCAAAACACCAAGACAUUCAGGACCGUCUUCGAGAUGAGGUCCUUGCCAUCCUGAAGAGAGAUGGAACCUUUACGUACGACAACGUUUUCAGCAUGAAAUACAUGGACCAAGUUAUAUCGGAAUCCCUUCGUUCUUAUGCGCCCGCCGUAGGCUUCACAACAAGAGGAUGUGCUAGGGACUACGUCCACAAGGGUAUCACUAUACCUGCCGGAACCAACAUCCUUAUUCCCCACUACCACAUGAGCCGUGACCCAGCGUUCUGGAAGGAACACGAAAUUUUCGAUCCCGAAAGAUUCAGCCCUAAAAACAAAGUCAAGAUAGAUCCUGCGGUGUACCAACCUUUUGGUCAAGGCCCUCGGAAUUGUGUCGGUAUACGCUUCGCUCAGCUCGAGAUGAACCUAACCAUCGCCAAACUAAUGGCGAAAUACAAGCUCAUUCUGGACGAGCGUCACAUUAAGGAGAAUACGCUGAAGCUUGAAUCUACCUUCGUCUUGGCCUACCCUAAGAAUGGCAUAUGGCUCAAGCUUGAAAAAAUUUGAACAGCAUAUCUGCAUUUUCCACGGGAUGAAGGGAUCGCUCGGCACUGAGUAUUUUAAGAGAGCUGUGCACUUAAUAACAACCUCCUAAAUUGCGACAACUAUACUAGCCGCUUUAUUUUAUUAAAGAUUAUGCGUAUUAUUUUCAUGAGCUAGCAUCCUUAGGAUACUUCACGCACCUUCAGAGUUCUGUCUGUCUGCCUGUCUGUCUGUCUGUCUGUCUGUCUGUCUGUCUGUCUGUCUGUCUGUCUGUCUGUCUGUCUGUCUGUCUGUCUGUCUGUCUGUCUGUCUGUCUGUCUG